AUGACUCCUCUACUUGCUUUUACAAUUGCCCUGGUCAUGCCAGCUGCCUCAAUGGCAGCAGGGCUCUCCUUUCUCGAAGGCCAAUCAAGAAUUGUGGCGGGCUGGCUCUUACUGCUGGGCAUUGUGCUUGGAAUGCUUCUAAAGAUUUCACACUUCGUGCAGGGUCUCUUAAAUGGAAUGAAAGUGGAAUUGUUUCUAAGGUGUCAAGUUACUGACUUUACCCCGGAAAGUGCUACUAUCCGCUACGCCAAACUUCCUAAGCCGGGAUCAGAUGCCAUUCCGGGAUCCAAAGCAGUGGCUGCAGGCUGGGGUCGUACUAGCGUCAACUCGCCUUCCGAAUUAGUCGUGAAUCUGCGCCGUGUGACGGUUCCUAUUGUUAAGAGAAGCGUCUGCAACAAGAACUACCAAAAGCGUAAUGCUAGUGUCGUAGAGCAAAUGAUUUGCGCUGGAGAGGAAGGUAAGGACGCAUGUGCUGGAGAUAGUGGCAAUUCUCUUUAUGAUGAGAUCACAAAGGAGCUGAUUGGAAUUGUUUUCUGGGGUUACGAAUGUGCUCUUGCUGGCUUCCCUGGAGUAUACACUCGAGUUGGUUAUUAUGUUGACUGGAUUAAAAAGAACAAUAAGCCGCCUACAAUUCCGAGUCCCAGGAUUGACUGA